AUGGCAGGCAUCAAAGUUUUCGGACACGCAGCUUCCACAUCCACCAGGAAAGUCCUCCUCGCCCUCUACGAGAAAAACCUAGACUUUGAGCUUGUUCAUGUCGACAUCUUAGACGGUGAGCACAAGAAGGAGCCUUUCCUCUCACGCAACCCUUUUGGUAAAGUUCCAGCCUUUGAAGACGGAGACCUCAAGAUGUUUGAAUCAAGAGCGAUUACUCAGUACAUAGCUCACCGAUACGCAGAAGAAGGAACCAACCUUCUCCCAGCUGACCCCAAGAACACUGUAGACUAUGCAAUCAUGGCCAAUGGAAUGGAAGUAGAAGCUCACCAGUUCGACCCACCGGCUUCAAAGCUUGCUUGGGAACAAUGUAUUCAAGCUCAUGUAUGGCUUGACCACAGACGAAGCCGUUGUUGCGGAAGAAGAGGCUAA